GUAAUACCCAAACAUUAAUGAUUUCUCGGUCAAUCGAUCAGUUACUUUUGUUCUGCAUUGGAAAAUGCUAAAGAAAGAAAACAGUGGGCCAACGAGCAAGGCGAAGAAAUCUACAAGCAGUUUCAAUGCUACGAACGGCGUGAAGUCGCAGCAUGGAAGCGCGGUAUCGAACGCGCGGAUCAGCCAGAGUGAAACCUCGGUGGCUACAAGAAAGAAGCGAGAUACAUUUAGUCACUCUAUCUACGAAAAAGCAGCAGAAAUUUAUCGUCACUUAAAAGGUGAAAUCGUCUCCUCGCAGCUCCCAACUUUCGAUGAAGACUUGGAGAGGCGACGAGCGUACAGUUUGGCUUUCGGUGCGAAGCGAUGUGAGUUAAGCUUAAGUUAUUUGCGAAGCUGAUAAGCCAGCUAGUAGCUAGCUCAUUGAAAUUUAUAAGUUGAUCCAUGACUAGUUAUUGAAUUUUAUUUUUUUUAUUACUUUCUCGUUAGAGCAAAGACGUUCCAUUUCUUGUUCAUUUCAGCGCUAUGGCAACGGUUCGUUCCCGGGCGGUUGUUUGAGAAUUUUUCUGCAAAGAUAAUUUUCUUUGAGUGAAAUACCUUAGUAUCCAGGAAAAAAAUGAAAGGAGGCACGUUUAAGUUAUUUUCUUAAGUUAGAUUAUUAGGUCAGUGCUACAAGAAUGAGUUACUGACAAAAAAAUAUCCAGCUCGGAGGUGAGGACGAUGCCGCUUUAAAGAUUUUAUGUUGAGCUUACUGCUACAUGUAAAGCAAGAAAAAAUUCGUGGUUGUAUAAUGAUCACAGAGUAAACAUACCGUCUUUGUUGUUUAAAGUUUUAGAACAAAAGAAAAAUCCAUUGACCCAUUUAAGAGCUGUUUAUAUAUUAUUUCAGCUUGGCUUUUUGGUUUCUUUUCUUCCAAAAUGCCCACCGGAAGUGCAACAAGAGGCGAUUUUUUUUUAAUGUCAUGCAGCUUACAACGUUAAAAACAUCUCUUCUCCCGCCGUGCAAAGUUGUUUCAUCGAAAUUAUAGUUCAGCCUUACAUGCAUAAUUUAAAGUCAUUGUCUCAGAACUUUCCUGUUUAAACAGCAGGACUUGGCGAUUCCUCAUUAUGCCAACUAUUAAAUUUUUAAAUUUACAAUCCCAUGAGCAUUUCCGGUGGUACCUAAAAUCUUUUUUCCUUCUUUCUACCAAUUUUUUUCUAUGAAAAUAUCGUUGUUGAAAACCGAAAAAAAAUGAAUCCUUUAAUUUCAUAGAUGAGUCUGUGUUAGAUGACAUCCUCUUGGAUAGUUAUUUUUUCUCAAGUUACUUCAAGGUAAGUCAGAAAUUCAUGUUAGCUAGUAUAAAAUGCAGUCUUAGUCAUAGCGGCAAAGCUUGAUUAUUAUAAUCUGUGGGCCAGUUACUCAGAAAAAUGAAAAUUUUAAAAAUAUUUUUUACAGGCAGGUGUGCUGCUUCUAUUUUAAAUUAAAACUCACUUUCAUAAUAUUUACUCACGGCAAUUUGAUUUGUCAGUUAUCACCUCACACCUCGCCAACCUUAAUGAAGGCUCAAGAGCUUUCUAUGUGCCUCAGGAAAUAAAAUUUUUAAUAACUUAGGAUAGUGUCUGCCAUAAUGACAUGCAAAAAGUACAAAACAAAUUUCAUUAUACAAUUUUGAGUAAUGUUUUGUCUUUGGAGUGAAUGAUUCAUCACACCACUUAUCUAUUCCUGAAACUAUAGAAUAUAUAACUCAGUCAGAGCAAAAUCCAGCCUUUUUGUCCACACAAAAUUAGUUGAAAUAUUUUUUUCCUGUGACAAUUAACACUCUCUUGUUUUCAAGAUGGGACAAGAGUGAAAAAAAUAAUAAUGAUAAAGAGGGGAUGGGGUGCUGCUAACAACCCUAAUGUCACCCAAAAAGGGAGAUUACAUGCAUUUGAAUAGGGAUGGUUCCUCCAUGGUUUAUGCUCCACAAGGGGGGUGGGGGGGGGGGCUGAUAUUUAUAAUUUGACUAAAAUUAAAUAAUUUAUUAAAAUAAAUUAAAAUUUAAAAAUUAAAUAAUUAUUAAAAUUAAUAGUGAUAAUUUAUUUCCUUAAAAAUGGUAAAAGUUUUCGGUGAUUAAUAGUCUUUUACCUGCCUUGUCACUUAGUAGAUCGACUGGAUUAUGAGCCUUCGUAGCCAAUAACAUCACGGCUUAACUGACAGAAUUCCAAUAACAUUGCAGCGUAAUAAUUGACCAAUCAGGUCAAUUAGCAGAUUUUUAUACCAUCAACUGACAUGAUAAAACUCACUGUAAUGUCUCUGAAGAUGACUACCCAACAGGUUGUAGAAAUGUCAGUCACUGUCAACAACAGUCCUAUUGAGGACUAGUAUGCUCCCUGGACAAUCAUUCUUCCACUGAAUAUGUUGAAUUCAAAGCGAUGGAGCUCAGUGUCAUCUUUACUUAUUGGAGUAUCUGUGUUAUGGAUUGUAUGGUUUCUAUCAGUGUGUGCUACAGACUAAAAUAAACUCCAGUUAAAUCCAUCCAAGAGCGGAUUUAGGGGUGGGCCCAGGGGGGCCCGGCCCCCUCUUUUGUGGUUUAUUAAAUAUUUCAGUAUUGCAUGUUCGAUAUGGAAGCCAGGCAUUUGCUAAAUUUAAGGGUCCAAAAUGCACUAAGAUUGCAUCUCAGCUUCUUAAAAUCUUGCAUGCGCUUGAAACUCCCGCAAAAAGUGCGCUGUUCGCAGUCCUGAUGGGUGCUAAUGUAAAAUCCUCGGUCUGCCCCUGCCAUCUGUGAAACAAUGCCAAAAGUCUUGUUCUGGGCCCCACCUGCUGUGUACCAGGAUUUAAUUAUGUGCCAUGUUCGGCCUGUUAAAAAAGUCAUUUGUCAAUUUGUCAACUGGUUGAAAGGAAAUUUGAAAGGCACUUUGGGUAAUUGCAGUUGAGUCCAUUGGGAACCAAGAACAAGGAUCUUGGUUCUACUUCACAGACGUAGUUACAUUACAUCUGCAACACAGACUAUGUUUCUAUGUACUGUAUGCAAUAAGGAGGUGUUGAUAUUAUGGAGGUGUCAGAGAGAUUGAACUGUAAGUUCCAUUGCUGAAUAAUUUUAAAGCAUAAUAUUCAUUUUAUCUUGUAGUUAGAGGCAUACCAUAAACAUCGUGUCAUGGUGAUGCUGUUAGACUACCAACAGAACGGAUUUUAUUUUGGAACUGAACGGUUUAAAAAUAAAAAAGUGGAGAUACCAGAAAAAGAAAACAGCAUUCCCCACAUCUUAGAAAUCCAGAAAGCUAUGGUAUCUCACAGAAUCAAACUUCGUGCUGCCCUCGCCCGCAGUAGAAUAAGAGACUGUGCAAUAAGUGUGGAAGCAUUACUUCCGAAGGAAGAGCAAGACAAAUUACAAUAUGCAGCACAACAGCCGGUUUAUGCAAGAGUGAACACGUGGAAGGCAUCUUAUAGUGAUAUACUAGAGACACUUACGAGUGAGGGUUUCUUAAUGGAGGAUAGCUUGCCUUCACCAGAAGAUGAUGAAACUGGUCUAAGUGGGCGCUGUUUUAUGAAGGAUCCACAUUUUGAUAACUUGUUUGUGUUCUCACCAACAAUCAAGUUUCAACUGUAUGAUCAUGACUUGGUGAUAGAUGGCAAGCUGGCGAUACAGGUUUGUCAUUAGCUUGUUUUUAAAACAAAGAAUAACAAUGUAUUCUUACUUGUGAGGCAUUUCAGGAGCAUGAAUCAUAGAUCUUACUCUUAAUAUUGUUAAAAAAAAAAACGUUGAAUUAUUAACAGGAACAAAUAAUUAUAUGCGCAAUGUUUUCAUCUAGAAGGUUUUUAAAAUCCUGGGGAGAUUCCCAAAUGUAAGGAAAUGUGAUGCUCUUUGAAAGAUUGGAAUUAAACCUCUAAUGGAUUUUUACUCCACAGAGUUUUGCCGACGUGCAACUUGUUUUGCAACAUUGCUGCAAGACGAGUUCGAUAGUUGUACGUUUUACCAACUAUGAAUCAACCUCUCUUGCAACAAAUCAGUUUGUGGCAGCCAGGUUACGUAGCUACCAGUUGUAGUUGUACAUAGUUCCACUUUUUGGAACAAAAUCUCUACAUGUUGCGCGUUUUACCGACCCAAGGCAAAUUGUUUUUCAGCAACUGACAUAUCUCCCGUGUAUGGAGUGUCUCUCGCGCAGCAACCUAAAACCUUUAACAUUUCCAAUUCGUUCUGCGGCAAUGUUGGAAAACAAGUUGCACGUCUUUCUUGCCCGUUUUACUGUAGCUUAACGUAAUGUACGCAAUGUGCAAACUUUGAGUAAAAGUUUUACCCGCAGUUUAUGAUAAUUUGCGCGUAUUUUUCUCGUCUGUUUGCGUGUAUUUUUUGCACACGUGUUUUUGCACGUGCCUAUCUUGUUUAAACUGCGUGUAUUGUGGCGGAUUUACACGUGUGAAACACGCUUGUAAUGCUUUAGUGCGCGUGACCCGUACUGUACGAUAGCCAGAAAACACUAGGGAUGCUCACAAAUCUGUAAGUAAAUGUGGCGGUGAAUCCAGUAGGAGAGUUAUUUUCUGUUAGCCUGUGAAAACAGUCGUUUCUCCUUGCUCUUUGCUGCUGGGGACGUUUCACGUGGAGGAACGUCUGCUACUCAGCGACAGAAAUUCCAUACUGAUGACGUAAAAUCUGUCCGGAAUCCGGUCAAAAGCGCUGAUAGGACGACGGAGUAGUUACGUUGUUUUAGCUAUUGUUUACGGAUGACAGACAAAAGGUCACAAAGGUCAAAUGUAAACGCGAUGGAUCUCUAACAAAACAGUCAAUAUUUGCGGAAUAUAGUCUUCUGUAGAAGAAGCAGUUGAGUUUUGCUGGAGCUCGUUCGAAAAUGAACACGACACUUUACCAAAAUCGACCAGGAGAAACGUAAAAUUGAACUAAUUUGCAUUUGGAACCCCAUGACUACCGGAUUUAUUAUGUAAACAUUGAUUUACGUCAUCAGUAUGGAAUUUCUGUCGCCGAGUCGCAGACGUUCCUCCUCGCGAAACGUCCCUAGCGGCGAAGAGCGAGGAGAAGCGGCUGUUUUCUUGGGCUAAUUUUCUGUCCACACUCAUGACAUGAUAAACGUUUUAUCUUUGCAUAAGAACAAUCGUGUCUUUUAAUAUUCACAGGACAAGUCAUCUAUAGCAGCUGCCGAGGUGGUAAAUUCUAUAGUGUUGGAGUUUGCAUCGCAGAAAGAGAAGACUUUUCAGCUUAUUCCCGGCGCAGAUGUUAAGUCGGUUUUAGGCGAAGGAGAUGACUUGAUUCAGACACAUGCGGAGUCUGGUAUGUCUUACACUCCUUACCAUGGGAAGGCAGGAGGGGGGCGCAGUCGCUAUAAUAGCGUAUACUGGAUGGCGCUGCCUGAAAGGGGUACCUUUAUCAGGAUUCGGAUAUAUAGGGAUUACAUUAGUUGAAGUGUCAUCCCCGGAGACCCAGGGACAGUCAGUUGGGUCGAGAGAAAAGGCGCGACGAAAGGUUUUAAGCACGGGUGGGUUCUUCCACCCGGGCUUAGAAAAAAACGAGUGAAAUGAGUGACGUUAUAACUCUGUAAAUUACGCCCUCCGCGAUCAGGUAGCAAAGAAAAAAUAUCAGCCAUUAUCGCAGCAAUGAUCGCUGCCACAUGUAGCAGUGUUGUCUCGUUAUGCAAACCAACCAAAAUCAAUGUUUCCUCUUGUGUCAUUUCAGGGAAUUUGACGGCCCACUUGUCCUCACUGAUUCAUCCUGACAGGAAAGUGUUUGCUUUCGGCGUUCCGCAAGAGAGCCACGAAAUGAUAGAAGACAAGCUAGAGAGAAUGGCAGCCAGGAGUAUCCUUUUCAUUGAACACGUUCUUAAGCUCUUUUCAUAAAUGUUACAACGAUUUGCGACGAUACGUUACAACGAUGAUUUAUCGGAUACCUUCCCCGGGGGGAGGGGGAGGGGCACUCCCAUACUUAGCCUAGGUACAGCGUCUGUUUUGAGAUAGGAUAUGUCGUUUUCAGAGUUUAUUCAAGUAAUAAGCCAGUGAGGACCACAGUGGCCCCAUUCUGAAAUUAUAGAGGGCAUUUGUCUAAGAAAGAGGCCCGAGGUUAUUUGCGCAGUUCUUCUGGACUUUCUCGUUGUACUCGUGCAAUGAUGGCUGAGAAAUAUACAAAAAAGCGUGAUGCAAGCGCAAAGUUGUUGUUUUGCCAAUCCAAACCUAUUGCUUUUUUGCCGUUUUCGUUGCCGUCGCCGUCGUCGUUGCUUAAGGGGCCUUUGCAGAGGGGAGAUAGACAUGUAAGUUGCUUAAUAUCUUAACCUUAACGACAAACGCAGAUGUCGCCUUGCAGGAAGAGAGCUUCCUCGACGCCCUUCCAACAGACGAGCUUUUAAAAAAAGUUCGAAUAAUCGUCGUUAACGUUCCUUGUUCCAAAUCAGGAGUUGUCAACCCUGUUGACUUUGUUCUGCAAGAGGGUGUCACUAAUUCCAUCAAAGAACUUGCCCGCGGUAACGUCGACUCCAGCAAGGUUAGUUGCGCUCUGUGACUGUUCAUGUCAACUCAGUAACAGAGCUGCAAAAAAUUUUUCUUUGUCUUUGGCAUUAUCUAGCUUUAAUCGGAGAUCACACCCUGCCGCAGUUGAGACUUCGUCGAAUAUUGUUUGAUGACCGCGUGCUAUUUGCAGUUCUGCAGUAUAAAAGAUAAGUGCAGGGAAAUGUAGCGUUUUAGUUGCUAAAAUAGUUGCAGACGACACUGUAAUUUAUUGUUAUGGUACAUCCUCAAAGGUUUAAGUUAAAUAACGAUCUUGGGAAAUGGACAAAACAAAAAUUUGGUAAAUGGUUAUCGGUAUUCAAACAAGGCCUGUUUCAAUUUUAGAUCAUAGUAUAAGUAAUGUUCGCAGCUUUAAAUACCUCGGUAUACAUAUAUCUUCGGAUUUCACAUGGACCGAUCAUAUUGAACACCUAACUGGGAAAAUCAAUCAGAGGCUUGGGCUUCUCAAGCGUAUAAAGCAUUUAUUGCCUUUCAGGGCGUGUCUACUUUUCUAUAAAAGUCUUGUUAUGCCCCUUUUGAAUAUUUGAUCUAGUAAGGGGCGAUAAACAUAAUAUUACCCUUAUGUCUAGUUUGCAAGUUUUGCAAAAUAAGGCCGCUAAAGUUAUUUUAAAUAGACCAUUUACUCAUCCUCCACUGAGGCAUUAGCCGUUCUCAAGGUACGCUGCCUCUAGAGAAAAGGCGAUUUCAAAGAAGGUGUGUUUUAUUCAUCUGCAUCAAUGGCCUAAUUAAUCACGAUAUGAACUUGAUUAGACAAGACGUACUUCAUAGGCAUAACGCCCUAGCAAAGGCAAUUUUAGAUUACCACGUGUCAAAAGAAAUUGGGGAAGCAAAGAACACAAUAUCAUGCCGUUUCCGAUUUUAACUCCCUCAGUCAGACGAUCAAAGACUCAAGGAAUGUAAAUAGUUUUAAACGUAAUGUUUUUAAGUUUUUAAUAUAGCUACUUACGUUUAAUUUUUACUUAUACUUAUUUUUAAUUUUUUAUGCAUUUUUUGUAUCUUUUUAAUCCUUUUGCAAUUUUAUAGCUUUUUUUUGUUUUUAUAAUAUAUAUCUAGUUUUGAGGUCCUUUUUGAAAACCAUAUCUUUUAUGAAAAAGUUUCCUCAAUAAAGAUGAUUAUUAUUAUUAUAGAAAUUUAGCUGUUGAAAAACGAAACAGCCUAACCCGUUCGGCAAUAACUAUUCACUUAGCUUCUAGUUCUCAGUUCUUUUUUGUAUUGUUUUCUCGUGAAUUUGCAUGUUGGUACAUGUAGAUAUUUUUCGUAGAAUAUUGAACAUAAAAAAAAACUCGAGCUUAAACGACUCUAAACUCGUAGAAGAAAUGAAGGUGAAACUGAAAAAGGAAAUGAAAAGCGAUAUUUACUUACGAAGGUGAAACAGCAUAGUUCGACUUAAGAACGGUAAACAGUGGACUAGGCAAUUACCUUGUCACUAGGUGUGUAAAAUCUUUCCAAAUACAAUUUUCCUUUUUUUAAAUGUUAUUUAAAGGUAAAAGGAAUGGCGUUCCAGCACUUGAGUUUUUUGAGACAUGCGAUGAAAUUCCCUCAAGUCCAAGCGAUUAUUUAUAUCACAAGAUCUAUUAACAAGUCGGAAAAUAUGGACGUGGUUAAGAAAGCCAUGGAAAUGAACCAAGACGAACGAAGCAAGCAGUCAAGCUAUUUUGAACUGACUCCAGCCUUGCCGAAACUUGCGCAGAGUUUGAGAGAAGCAGCAAGGAUUUCUAAUGGUCUACUUGAAAAGGAGAUAUCUUUGACCCAUAAAGGUAAAUUUACUAAAAAUAAGUUAUUUGAGUAGGGUUGGGAAGUUAGUGUGCAUUACUUUAACUUCUUAUUUGUUGCUAUUGUUAAAAAAUGCAGUUAACCUGAGUGUCAAUGUAUUUAGCAGGACAUCACUAAUUGUGGACCAUAUUUUUUAAGUCUCCUACUGGAGACUGUGGCGCCACUUUACAUCGUUAUCCGAGCCAGUUGAAGAUGUAGCCGUUUGCAGGGCAAAGGCGCGCAGUACCUUCAUUUCUCAGUCAUUUUAUGACCAUUAAUAUUGGUCCUUCCCCGGGAAUCGAACCCGCGACCUCCCGCUCUGCAGUCAAGCACUCUACCAAGUGAGCUAAUCCUGCCACGGCUAACUAAAACUGGUGCAUUUUUUCUUGGAUUUUUGUAAAUAUUUUUGCUCCAUUCAUAGGUUUUUGCUGUUUAGAAUAUCCCGCUCCAAGAAAGGAUGAAGGACCAGAGAGUUUAUCUUCCUUAUGCCCUAUCCCAAUCGUAAUCCCUCUUAAGUUAUUUUUAGAUCUCUUCUGAGAACCUUGAUUCCCAAGCGGGUUAAGUAAUAGCCAAUCAUAUCUCACAAAUUUUACCCAUGUUGACAGCUAAGUUUUAUGUGGAAACGAUUUCGACAGCUUAGUGUAAAAACUUAAAGAUCCUAUUCUAAUUUCGCAUUCACCAGCAUUUUGGAAUUUUCCUUCCCAAGAAUCUUUCACUCGACGCGCGAGAUAACAUUACCCGCGGGAAAAUGGACACCGUGUAAAAAUGAAAAAUAACUUAAAGGGGCUAUGUCAGCUGGAGAGCAUGCGCUCUGAGGUUAUGCAAAUUACUUUCAACUGUCAGAUGGGGAUAGGGCCUAUAAGGGAGAUGCAUUUUCUUGUCCUUUAUCCUCUCUUGCCUGCGUUUAAGAAAAACAUAUCGACAUUAAACAGAUAAACAUUAAAAAAUGAUAAACACUGAGUGUUUAAGUGCCCAUAACCUUAUUUUCUUAACUGAAACUAUGCAUAACUAAAAGAAUUUCUGCUUAAACAUUUUGCGAGUCGAGCAAACGCUUUUUCUACAAUUUUUGAAACGUUCAAAUCUCGCCAUUUUGGCAACCUUCGCCCCAGCAUUCCCUUUUAAACCAAUUAGCUGUGACGUCAUUUGACCUAGAUUAGGGGACACGUGACUUAAGGUGCUGGGCCGGGUUGUUCGAAACUGGGUUAAGAUAACCCAGGGUUAGUGCAAAUUUUGAAGUCAGUUAUGAGAGCUUAAAAAGCCAAUUCAGUUGAAUUCUCUUUGCCUACAAUUUGAUGAAUGGAUAUGCUAAAAAAAUAGAGAAAAUUAUCCGAGAAAGUGCUUUUGGUAAAAAGAAAAAGAAACCCGGGUUAAAAUUUAACCCCGGGUUAGCGCUAACCGGCGCUCGAACAACUGGGCCCUGGUCAAUAAGCUAGAGAUUCCUUCCUAUUCGUGAGCUAAGGGGGCAAGAAUGCCAGAGCAUGUAUUGCAGUGAUAUGUAACGACUAAAAUCCGAAAUGAGAAUAGGAUCAACUCGAUCCAGUCUGUCAAUGCUGAGUCAUGCACUCUCUGUACCGUACCAGUCUCAAGAACCUACUCUGUUGAUAGGACUUUCAUCUAUACUGUAGUCAAAACUUGGAAUGAACUCCUAGACAGUGUGUUUGGAGUAAUCAAUGAUGAAGGAUUCCGGUCAUUUAAAAGCCGUGUUAAUCGCCAUCUUUUAGCGUCCUGAUUUAUGCAGCUGUCGACUCUGAGCUGCUGCCCUGAGAUAAGGAGGGGCCUGGUCCCCCCAAAAUUUUUUUCUCGGCCCUUCGGGCCUCAGUUUGGACAUUCUAAGAAACUGCAAUUUUACAGCUUAUUUAAACAUGAUUAUAAAAUUUCAAGUUAUCUAGACUUAAUUAGAAAUUCAACCAAUAGGAAAGACUUAGUGAAAAUUAGUAUAAGUAACCACAAACUCAUUAUUGAAACUGGAAGAUAUAAUCAAACUUCCCGCAACGGUAGAUUCUGCCCUAUUUGUAACUCUGGUAUAAUUGAAGACGAAUUUCAUUUUCUCUUCCAUUGUCCAAAAUAUUCAAUCCCAAGGGAGAAAUUCCACAAUCAAAUCCAACAAACUUUUGUCGACUUUAAUCAGCUAUCUUACACAGAAGUAGUAUAGGUAAUAGCAUGAGUUUGUAGUGAUAUUUGGCAUAAAUACCACUAGACAGUGAUAUUUCGAAAUUGUUAUACGUAAAAAUUUGAGACAAUUUUGAAAUAUCACGAGUGAUAUUUAUGCCAAAUAUCACGUACAAAUCAUGCUAUUAUUUGUUUAUACUACUACCCGCAAAAGGUUUGUAAUUUUUACAUGUAUUUCAAAUUAAGCUGAAAUACUUUUGCUCUAAGCCAAUCAAAUUGCAGCCAUUUUUCAUGUAGUAGUAUAAAUGUUUAAAUUGAUGAAUUCACAGAAUUUUUCCGUAAAUUCACAUUUGUUGAAAUUUGUCUCAUUAUGUAUCAAAUCAUGCUGAUGACACUUGAUUGACUGUGGUAAUCAUUGCAUUAUCUUUGUUAUAAAUUGUAACUUUAUGUUAAAGCUUUUGCAAUACUCUAACUACAUAAUUAUGGCCAUGCAAAUAAAGCUUAUGUUGUUGUUUUUGUUGCAAAAAAAGAGGAAUAAAAAUGUUCAAGAAUCCGUUUGAACGUGCCCAAAGGAGAUGAGGCGGCUCUGGGGAGAAUGCGACAGCUUGAGCUAGAAAAUGACAAAAAAAUCUUUAGGAAAGUGUCUUCAAUUAUAUGUAGGGUUAAGGUACCAUUCUUCCAUGAGGUCACUGAAUCAUUAUUGCUGAUAAGAAUGGCAUCUCAAAACGUCCUGAGAACGGCUGAGUGAUCAUUUUUCAGUAAACAAGAUCCCCACGUGAGUGGGGGUACAUCCCGUUGGGGAGGGGGGGGGGCACUCCCUUAUUUGGCCUAUACGGCUAUGUGCCGCUGAUCAGGGUAUAGUUUUCAGGGUCUUGAGUAUUGAAAAGGGUGUCUUUUUGGACUGGAAGCCUUUCAAAGACUGUAAGACUUGGCAUGAACGUUCUACAUUUGAAAUACCAAUAAUUUUUUUCCUAAGUAUUGGUUUCCACGAUUUUAGUGUGAAAAAUUACUUAAUUCAGUAUGCAAAACAAAACAAAUGGGAGGGUCAGAAAGUAGUGUCUCCUGUCUUAAACAGGGUAGCAAAAUGAGCGAUUUUUGUCUUAAACAGGGUCGGGGUUUGAAGGCCUCGGCGGCACAUCUUUACCCAGACUUUCCUUGAGCCCCUUCCCCCGGGGGUUGGGGGAGGGGGGGUAUAUUGGGCUGCCGACUGCGCGAUGCAGUGGUUAAAUAUUUUGAGAAAUAUAGAUUGUAAAGACACUUUUUUUGUGAUGGAGUGUGUAGCUACUCCUAACCGGUGGAAUGGGAUAGUGAAAUAUAUACUUUGCCUUUUGAAACGAGACGAUUGGCAUUAUUUUUAAAUAUAGCAUGACAGUAUAACAUGACCAACCGGAAUUCCCAAAUAACCAAAAUUAUUUUUGCUCUUCGCUUAUGAAACGUGACAGGAUCAAUUCCAGUGUUUUUUUUUAAAAACGGUAUUUUUACAGUAAUGUUCUGUUUCUUAAAACUCUUAAAGAAGAGUGAGUUUCAGUUUUGUUUCUGUCGGAUAUUGCAUUUAAAGCCCUUCUAACUAUCCAUGGCAAGUGAAUAUGUUUCUAUUUGACCUACAAAUAGCAUAUUCGGGAAGGACUUUACACACGCAGGGAGAGAAUCGCAACAACCUGUACAAGUUGAAGGUUUUCCCGUGGGGGGGGGGGGGGGGGCAUUGUUUCUGCAGCUCCCGCACAGGCUAAAAUAACAUCAUCGAAUACUGUACUUAGAUAAUCCCUCGGCGCGGAUAUAGGACCAAUAACUCCAGGCAAUAAUUUUGUGUUCGUCCCAAAUCGACUUCCAAAUCUGUUCGCCAGACGACACGAAAUGACCCUUCCCCUCCCAGCAGAAAUUGGCCCCAUUGAAGUGGGAGUGGGACACGUAACGCCUUCAGGGUGAGCCGUCCGCCAUUUUGUCGUUUUUAAAUAGAGAAAGCCCAUUCCAGAAUUGGGCGCCACAGGCAGCCCAAUGAAAAUUUCAGAUAAAUGCUCCAUUCCACAUCUCAAACCAUUGUCUAUUUUUUCAGUAACAAGUUAAAAAUUAUUACUAUCGUGUCUGUUAAAUUAUGUAUUUGCAUCUAAUGUUAUGUUAUUUUUCCUUUGUCACAGAACCAGAAACACGAUAUCUGAAUCUUGAGCCUUCAGCUGCUAUGAAUGGAGGGUUUGUGGCUCUUCUUAAGAGACAGGUAAAAACUUACGUUUCAAACUUUGGGUGCAUUUUGAGUUGACAAUGACAUGAACUUUCGCUCUUUUUAUGGCCAUUUUCAUUGUCUGAGGGCAAGUGCCUCUGUUGUUCGCAAAACAAAAGUUGCCAUUACUGACGCGUAGCAAACUCAUCGACCGCGAAAUUUAAAAACUACGGAAGCCUCCAUAGUGUUACAAAUAUCGUCUUUGAGGGGCUAGGGUGUGGAGAAAGUGCUCGGUAGAAAUGCCCUGACAGUUGAGGUGUGGCUAAAGACGGGACCGCGAUUUUACGUGGUCAUCCAAGCCACGAAGCUCUAUCGGUUUGCGAGAUAAAGGCAAUUCCUUCAUUUUAAGUCAGUUAUUUAUUAGACUGUGAGUGUUGGCGCAACCCCGCGAAUCCAGUUAAGCGCUCUACCAACUGAGCUAGUCCUACCACAGUCGAGAAAGCUAAAACGAACGUUUUCUAUAAUGCUGUUUACAGAAACCCGUCGAAACAGCACAGGAAGUUCUCGAACGAGCUGCUAAGAAAGGUCUGAUGAAACCAAAGGGAAAACCUGCUAGAGUGAACAGUCCCAGGGAAAAACCCAAACCCGCCCGAGCCCAGGCGGACAUGUCACGACUUCGUAUCAAGGAGAGUCCCGGUGGGAACUUGUCGGAUAACGAGGGAGAAAGGAACUCCUUGAAGGUCGUGGACAAGAAGAGGGCCCCCCGAAGCUGGCAUGGCUCAGCUGAAGAUGUGGCGAAGCCAAACCCGAAAGAUGUCGUGUCUUCGAUUCCUAAGCCUUCGGAAACCGGUCCGAAAAAGCUAGGAAAGAAAAUGACGCAGCCGAAGCCGUUUAUGUUUUAGUUGGAGUACUGUUGUGAAUUCUUAGUUAAUGCGUGGCCGUUAGUGUAAAAAGAAAAAAAAUCUACUGUACAUAACGUGAAACUUUUGUCGAGGAGCUUAACACAUUGCCUUACCUCAGAAAACCUAUCGGUACUUGCUUUCGUUCGUUAGUGGACGUUAUUUGAAAAUAGUAAUUACCGAAUUUAAAUGAAAUCUUGUCUUGCAAAAGCGACGUUGAAUAUUAAAAUGCGAGGUGGAAUAAUUUAUCUCGUACAGAUCGAAAUAAACAAUAAUAGGAAAGUUCGUCUUGAAAGUUUUUAAAUUAUAACUUGUGUUAAAUGUGAACCACCUUGUACAUAAUCUGCAUUGUGCAAGCACGGGCCUCUCUUCUAGUUUUAGAUUAAAUUUUGAUUGUACCGUAGAAGUUAUGUGGAUAUUUGUACUACAGUUGUGAAUUUGAUUGAAAGGAAAUGUGUUCCGAUACUUACUUUAAGAGUGUGAAGAGAGUUAGCGUUUUUCUUUCUGUUUCUCUGUGAAAAGAUUGCACUCUAAAGAAUUGGGAGUAUAUCGUUUGUAAGCCAAGAAGUAUUAUCACUGAAAGUAUUUAACUGCAUGACAACUUUGAAGACCUUUAGAGUGGGAGGGUAUUUAAAGAAUUGAAAUUGU